UGGGAGUCCUCAACCGGCUUGUUCCACCAGAGCGCUGCAGAGAUGAUGCCCACACAGAUUAUCUUGUUGAAGGAGGGGACUGACUCCUCGCAAGGUGUCCCCCAGCUAGUCAGCAAUAUCAAUGCCUGUCAGGUGAUCGCUGAGGCUGUCCGCACCACCCUGGGCCCACGAGGCAUGGACAAGCUCAUGGUGGACAACAGAGGUAAAGCUACAAUCUCGAAUGAUGGAGCCACCAUCCUGAAGCUGCUAGAUGUUGUGCACCCAGCUGCUAAAACUCUAGUGGACAUUGCCAAGUCCCAGGAUGCAGAGGUUGGUGAUGGUACCACAUCUGUGACCCUGCUGGCUGCUGAGUUCCUGAAACAGGUCAAGCCAUAUGUGGAGGAGGGACUCCACCCCCAGACCAUAAUUCGUGCUUUCCGUACAGCCACACAGCUGGCUGUGAAAAAGAUCAAUGAAAUUGCUGUCUCUGUGAAAAAGGGUGAUAAGGAUGAGCAGAAGAGCCUGCUGGUGAAGUGUGCUUCCACAGCCCUCAACUCCAAGCUGAUCGCUGUGCAAAAGGAGUUCUUCUCCAUGAUGGUGGUGGACGCAGUGAUGAUGCUGGAUGAUCUGUUGCCUCUUAAAAUGAUUGGCAUUAAGAAGGUCCAGGGAGGUGCCCUUGAGGACUCCCAGCUGGUGGCGGGUGUUGCCUUCAAGAAGACCUUCUCUUAUGCUGGGUUUGAGAUGCAGCCAAAGAAGUACGAGAACCCCAAGAUUGCCCUACUGAAUGUGGAGCUGGAGCUUAAGGCUGAGAAGGAGAAUGCUGAAGUAAGGGUCAAGUCUGUAGAGGAUUACCAAGCCAUUGUGGAUGCAGAGUGGAAUAUCCUCUAUGAUAAGCUGGAGAAAAUCUACAAAUCGGGGGCCAAAGUUGUGCUAUCCAAGCUUCCCAUUGGAGAUGUGGCCACCCAGUUCUUUGCUGACAGGGACCUGUUCUGUGCUGGCAGAGUUCAGGAGGAGGACCUCAAGAGGACCAUGAUGGCUUGUGGUGGUUCCAUCCAGACCAGUGUGGGCUCUCUCACAGAUGACGUGCUGGGACAGUGUGCUCUCUUUGAGGAGGUCCAGGUUGGAGGGGAAAGGUAUAACUUUUUCAAAGGUUGUCCUAAGGCCAAGACAUGCACCAUUAUCCUGAGAGGAGGAGCUGAGCAGUUCAUGGAGGAGACUGAGAGGUCACUGCACGAUGCCAUCAUGAUCGUUAGGAGAGCCAUCAAGAAUGAUUCAGUUGUGGCGGGAGGUGGUGCUAUUGAAAUGGAACUGUCAAAGUACUUGCGGGACUAUUCUAGGACCAUCCCAGGCAAGCAGCAGCUUCUGAUUGGUGCUUACGCCAAAGCACUGGAGAUCAUCCCCCGCCAGCUCUGUGACAACGCUGGCUUUGACGCCACCAACAUCCUCAACAAGCUCAGGGCCAAACAUGCCCAGGCUGGUAUGUGGUAUGGUGUGGAUGUGAACAACGAGGACAUCGCUGACAACUACGUAGCCUGUGUCUGGGAGCCAUCCGUUGUCCGAAUAAACGCUCUCACUGCAGCCUCGGAGGCCGCCUGCCUCAUCCUAUCUGUUGAUGAAACCAUCAAGAACCCGCGCUCCUCUAUGGACGGGUCCGCCGGAGGGCAAGGCAGAGGACGUGGCAGGCCGCAUGCCCACUAGUGGGUAAUUAUUGGGUCGGUCUGGAAGGCAUGUUGCCCUCUCUGCACUUCCAACUAGGCAGUCGUAUUUGUAAGCAGUGAUGACCUGCAAGUCUUCAAAUAAAUUGUUUUCUGUUAUUUUGUUUUAUGUAUUUGAGUUUUAGCACAAGUUAAAUGUAGGGCUAAAAUAUGAAAAUGUAAAAUAAACAAACUUUCAUGAUGCUAUUAUUUGCCCUAUCUGCCAAAAUUAGACAGCAAGUUAUUGUGGAGCAGUAUUUUUGCAAAUACAGGGUCAGCUGGCUCACAUGGGCCCUUUUGUAUAGCAGCUUUUCGUUGUAUUCUGGGGCAAUAUUUUCAGGUGGAUGUGGCGGUUGUCGUCUUCCAACAUAUUCCAUCCUGGAAGCAUUAAAUGUAAAUUUAGAGAGCAGCAACUGCUCCAUAAUGGUACUUGUAGUGUCUGUGUAUCCACCCAUCCGCUUGCUGAAUUGCAGGUUGAAUAACUGGGUACCCAGUCUUAGAUCAGUCUUGCCUUGCUAUCUUUUUACAAAUGGAAGUCUAAUAAGAUUGUUCAAGAAAGCGACCAACAUAAGCACUCGAGUACAGUUUGAGGGAGGGUGUGUUUGUCUGUUGAUGAUCUGCUGGACACUUGGGUGUUUUGCUAUUAGCCACUUUUUGUAACUAUUUAUUUUUGGUUUUGCAAAAAUGACAAGUAAACUAAAAUUGACAAGAUUA